AUACAGCGCCUGGAAGAAGGAAUAGAUGAAUUCCAGAAAGACAUAGCAGCCCUGACUCAGAUGCAAGGGGAGUUGCAGGAGAUGUGCUCCAACUUUCAAGAGGACAUCGCCAGGCAGGUGACAGAGGACAUCCUCGGUCGACUGGAGUACGUGGAGGAGCAGGUCUGCAGCAUGGGUGUUGCCAUGGAGGAAGCCCCAGUCCAGGCAGCCCUACAAUCACUGGAGGACUUUCAGACCGAGAUGCAGGAGCGUCAUGAUGAGCUGCGGAGGCAUGUCACGGAAGCUUGCAGAAAGAUGUCAGCGUCCUUUGCCAAAGAGUCUGACCAGAAGGCGCUUGCCUCCCGUGUCGAUGACGUCAUGCAGAGACUGACUGCACUGAAGGUGAAGGCGGAGACAUUAGAUGGGCGAUUUUCUGCCUAUGGCGAACGGAUGGAUGUAACCCGCGAGGUGGAGGCACGCGGACAAGCGUACACAACAUCGGAAUUUACCGAUAGGCUGGAGGCCGUGGAACAGCGGUUAGACGCUCUGAGCGAAGACUGCGAGGACUUUGUGGAGCAGGCGCUUGAGAAUCGCUUGGCUGUUUUAGCCGAGGUGGUUCCGACUGCAACUACAACAUUGAGGCCUACAUGUAGCC